CCAUUUCAACUUCAAACCUUCACAACAUACCGUCUCCAAUUACAAUUACAGCAUCACAUUUAACUUAACUUAACGAUUCAUUCAUUACAUAUUUUACGAGCCAGGCCAGCUGCCAUUAACUUUUAAAUGGAAGAAAAAAGGUGUCAAAUUUCCAUAAAUAACGGAAGGUCGGUCGGUCGGCAAAAACAAAAAUAAAAAAAACGACACCCCAUCGUCAUACAUUAGUAACCGCAACUAAAUAAAGAUUUUAGAUUGCACAGUUGACUUGACUUUUUGAGAGGGCAAUGCAACAAGUGAGAGCGGGUUUAGGAUUUAGUGCCGGGAGCACGUACCACCACCACCACCAAAAAAUCAGCCAGUCAGCCUUGCAUUGUUCUCCGGUCAGGCAAAUAAAACGACACUAAAUAAAAAAAAUUGGGGCUUAUCUGCUCUUAAAUUUUCGUUUUUCGAACGUGUCCUCUCCUCCCCCGGCGACUUUUGACCUUUGACCUUGUUCUCCAGGCACUGCAGUUGCAAGUUUUCGUCUGUCAAACGUCUCCUCCCUCCACUCUCCCUUCCCGUCUGUGACCUUUGACAUGUCACCUGCAGCUCCCCCCUCCGGUAGUGGUGAGGCCAAGUCUCGCACACGGUCAGGUCAAGGUCCAUCAAGUAGCAAGGCGACGACGACGACAACGAUGAGGUACAAACCCGGGCCGAAGUCGAAGAAAAAGUUGUUCAAAGUGGUUUCCUCACCCCCUCCGGUUGAAGGGGACGUGGAAGUGGUGGAUUUAGAAGAUUGUCCACCACCACGACGAGAUGACGAGGAGGUGGACGCGGAGGUAAUUGAUAGUCAAGGUUCAUCGUCACAGUCGUGCAGCAACGGAAACGGGGUCAAAAAAGGUGACGACAAAGACGACGGCGAGGAAGACGAGGAACAUGAUGAUGACCUUUUCGUAGAAAAGAAAAAGAACCCAUCGUCCCCUUCCCCAGAAGCUGGCGAAAGUCCACUAUCAAAUGGAAAAGGAGAAAAAGACGAAGAAACGGAGGAAGGAACCACAGAGGAGGGAACGACGGAAGAAGAGGGCGAAGACGGCGUGUACGAAAUUGAGGAAAUUUUGGACUACGUUAAUGAAUCUCACGGCGCCGGAGAAAUGUAUUACGUCAAGUGGAAAGAUUGGAGUGAAGAUUUUAAUACUUGGGAACCUGCGGAAAAUGUGACUACUUGUUUUGAUGUGCUCUACCGAUUUUUCAUUAAACGCAAAGCGGAAGUUGAGGCUCAAGUUGCUAGUCAAGUUUAUAUUGAAUUACCGAAUGGCAAGCGGCGAAAGAGCGCAAAAAGUCCGGAAAUUUGGAAAAUUCCCCCCGAUCCCAGACCCCUUCAAGAACGUCUUGAUUCCUUUUAUAGCGCCACGAAGCCACUCUGCGAUGUAAAGCUUUUGGAAAAAUAUGUCUGGUGGAACAAGAACAGGAAAGCAAACACAAAGCGGAAUAAGUGGUCAAAGCACAAAGUCAACAAAUUUUUGAUGGACGGUGCGGACGGCAAGCUGUCCAAAAAACAUGAAGCAGAAUUCAGAAAAGAACUUUACUACGUGGAGGCUGAGAAACACAGAGAAUUAAUGGAUAAGAAGCUUGGGGCAUGGGAGAAGACUAUUAAUAACGUUACUCAGCGCAAACCUGUGAUCAAGGUGGAAAACGACGUUGAUUUUGAAGGACCACCAGGGAAUUUUAGCUAUGUAUCGAGCUACAUUCCCGCAGAGGGGAUAAUAAUUCCGGAUGAUCCUCCACUUUGGUGCGAAUGCUGUUCAGGUGAAGGGUCGUCGUGUUACGAUAACAAGAAGAGUUGCUGUGCCAAAUUAUCCAAUGGCAGAUUCGCUUACAAUCGCUUCAAAAAAGUUGAUCUCCCAAUCGGAUCACCAAUUUGGGAAUGUAAUUCAAAGUGCAAUUGUGGCCCAGACUGUGUCAAUCGAGUGGUUCAAGACGGGAGCACUGAUGAAGUUAACUUAUGUAUAUUUCGAACAGACAAUGGCUGUGGUUGGGGUGUGAAGGCUUUAAAGUCAAUCAAAAAGGGAUCUUUCGUUUGCCUCUAUGUCGGCGAACUUAUCUUAUCCGAAGAAGCUGAACGACGAUCAAAAGAAGACCCCAACAUCCAACCGUACCUUUUCGACCUGGACUUUGUGAAUCUGAACAAACCCGUCUACACUGUCGACGCUUCACGGAAGGGAAACGUAUCUCAUUUCAUCAACCACAGUUGUGACCCCAAUUUAGGCGUCUACACCGUAUUUGUCGACUGCUUGGACAUCCAUAUGCCCAAAUUGGCAAUGUUUACUCUUCGAAAAAUUGAAAGGGGUGAAGAACUAAGCUUUGACUAUUUAAAUCAAUCAUCCCGCGAGGAAGUGGACGAAGAUACCACAAAGGACGACGACGAAGAGGAAAAGGCCACCUCCUCAUCCAGCGAUAAAUCCCCACAAUCUCCCAGUAAAUCUGGAAAACAAAGAACGCAAAGGUGCCUCUGUGGUGCGGCCAACUGCAGACAGUUUUUGUACGUUUAAGUGCCUACAUAAGUAUAUUUAGUACAAUCGAUCGUCCACUUGUAGGAAUUAGUUAUCUUCAUUAUCAUUAUUUUGUUAAGUAAUUAAUUAUUUAUUAUAUUAGAUUUUAAAUCCAGUCGUCGUUCGGGCAUAAUAAUACUAUUUAAAACCUGACACUGGUGGUGCAUACGGGUUAAUAAAAACUAUUAAUCGUAUAUUUGAUAAAGUAUUUGAUACAUUUACAAAAUGCAUGUGUUUAACAUAUUUAAUAGGACUCCUUGACGUCAAAAUCAGCACACAUUUUUAAUCAUUUCUCGGCCAUGGGAAUUUAUGUAAAAAAAUUCUGGACGAUAAACUUGUAGAGCAGGUAGUUCCCUAUUUUUUAAAAUAUACACUCCAAAUUUUGAGUUUUUGAAGGAGGAGAUCUCAAAUUUAAGAAGCCUUAAGAAAAAUUGGAGCUUAUCGAAACUUGCUCAAAAAACUCAACGUCAUUCAGAAUUUGAAAAUAGGUUCUCAGAGGUGCGAAAUGUGUUGAUUUUGAUGAUUUGAGAGAUAACUUAUCAAGUCUACAUGAAUUAUAUACCGUUAAAACUGUUGAUACGAAAAUACGCUUAUCCGAAAAGAAGUGUUCAAAAUCUUGUAAAACUUCUCAAUCCAUCAAUUCAAAGUAAUCGACACGAUAUGUAUUAUUAUUUAUAUACAACGAAAUAUUCAACUUAUUUAGAAUUUAUACUAUCAAAUAUGAAUUAAUUACUCGUACAUACCUCUAGUACUUCACUUGUUAUUUUCUAAUUAUGUCCAAAUUAAUUUUGCAAAUUAAAACCCCUCUUUUUGAGCCA